ACCUGUUGAGGUCAUUUCAACAUCUUGUUUGAGUCAUGUAAAAUUCCACCCCCUCCCCAAUGUUUAGAAGGAUCUAAAUAGCCAUUUAUCGCAUCCUCAGUUAAUGGCGUGUAAAUUAAAUAUACAUUCUCUGAAUCAUUAUAAACUCACUAGAAUUACGGUUAUGAUGCAUAUAAAAACACCCCAAUCAACCUUUACAAAAUACCCAUCUCUAAAUCUUAGCAUCCCUUUGGUACAAUAGCUAGAUAGAAGCACCAUGUCAAGACUUAGUGUGAUCUUAGCCAUAAUUGCCUUCCUCCUGGCAACAAAAUGUCCUGAUGUGUGUGGCCGCGAUGAAGCCCUAAUUAAAGAAGUAUGUAAGGACACACCUCAUCCCGACUUCUGCAAGCUAUGCAUGCGAGAAGAGCCAAAACACGACUUGAUGGACCCAAUCGAGGUUGGUCGAGCAUCAACGGAAUGCUCCAUAAAAAAAACUUUCCGCGUUGAUUUGGAUCUCGACGACAUCGCCGAGGGCAGCAUUGAUGUACAGGUUAGAGAUGUGUGCCUUACAUGCAAAGCUUUUAUGAAAAAAGCUGUCCAGAGUCUAGACGCAGCACAGCGUCAUUUGGAUGGUAAGCGUUUUCGAGAUGCUACAAAUGUUGCCGGAGAAGCCCGCGAUUAUCACCGGAAAUGUACCGAGUUAAUACAAGGUGUGAAGGAUUUCCCGGUAACAGGGACUUUCAAUAUUGAUUUCGAGAUCUUAAGGAGGUUUUAUAUAAAUGUUGUUGCAAUUCUGUCUCAAUUAGAGUAAUCCAUGGAAAUUUCCAGGAUUGUAACGUAAAAUGAUAAUAACUGUAUAUCUCGUGAGAGAUUUCGUGAUUUCACUUGUGUGUUUAUAUUUUGCCGUUCCUCCUGCCUAAACUUUGAACUGGAGUUUGUUUAGUACAUGGACUCAUGGACUCUAUGAAAUGACGCGAUGUUGGAUUUUUUUUUUUC